UCGCCAACAUUUAGCGUAAGUUUGCAGUGUUUUUUAACCUCCUUUGCGACAAGCUAGUAUGAUAUGGUUGGUACCGAUGGAUUCAUUGAUGAAAACUAAUCAUUAUUCAUUUGAAUUAUUGAUUAAUCUAUAGUGUGUUCUGGGUUUCCCUGUGAACUGUUGAUGGCGAUGAUGUCACUGACGGUUGCCGGGGCGUCUCCUGGGAGAGCCCGUCCUGUUUGUGUGUGGUGUCGGCGGUUACCGUUGACGACGGGGUGAUGUAACCGUACCUGCCUGCCAGGUGUGUUACAGUGAUGUGAUGCUGGAGGAGCCCCGUGUAGCAUUAUGGGAUGGAAACUGGAUCUGGUUGACCACAGUCACUGAAACAGACGCUCCACCCUCAGAGAUAAAGUCAUAAAGUCUGACGCGUUAUCGUUGUCGUUAAAGAUUAAAAACUUGAUUGAUCCCUGACGGUGAGGCGGCGGCGUCUGCAGCUUUAAGGUGUCACCUGUCAGCUGGUCUACAAGCCCCGCCCCCUGCCCCUCCCCCCACCUGUCCGUCAUCAUGUCAUUAAUUAGAGGCUUAAAGUCGCCAACAAGCUGCUGCAGCAAAUCCAGGUCCUGCACAGACCUGGAUCAGAGACCUGGAUCCUCCGUAAUCUGUCACACAUGAAGCUCAGAGACUCAGUCAGUCGGUCGGUGUGGACUCACCUGUGGACGACUCGUACAGCUGACGGUCCACUGUGAAGCAGCAGGAUGAACGGAUAUGAAUCUCCAGCUCUGGGCUCCGGCAUCUUCGGCUCCUACAGCUCACAGAUCAACGGCCAUGGCUCUCAGUCUCCCGAGCCUCCUAGUAACAAAGCCAAGUCCAGUGCCAAAGCUCUCUACGAACAACGGAAACACUUCACUAAAACCAGCAUCAACAGUCUGACGGACACGUCGCAGUAUCAUGUGGAGCACCUGACCACGUUCCUGUUGGACCGCAAAGAUGGGAUGAUCACGGUGGACGACGGUGUCCGGCGUCUCCGUCUGCUGGACGCUAAAGGGAAGGUCUGGACUCAGGAGAUGCUGCUGCAGGUGGAGGAGAAGACGGUGAGCCUCAUCGACCCGGAGACCAAGAACGAGUUGGAGAACUUCCCCAUCGGGACCAUCCAGCACUGCCAGGCUGUGAUGAACGCCUGCAGCUACGACUCCAUCUUGGCUCUGGUGUGUAAAGACUCGGGUCAGAACAAACCGGACCUCCACCUGUUCCAGUGUGACGACAUCAAGGCGAAUCUGAUCCAAGCAGACGUAGAAAGUGCCAUGAUCGACGCCAAAGGAGGCAAAGUGAAGAAGAGACCAGAGGUGCUCAAGAUGAUCCUGAAGAGCGACGGGAUCAUCCCGCCUCCCCCCGCCGCUCCCGCCCCCGAACCUCCGGCAGCGUCCAAUCAGGUGGACGUGAAGAGUCGAGCGGCCGCCUGGUCAGCCUGGACCAAUGAGCAGCAAGACUAUGAGAAGCAGCGACAGAUUUCGGAGGACGACGGACCGGUGGAGAUGACGGCAGCCAGAGUGGACCGAGACGUGCAAAUCCUGAACCACAUCCUGGACGACAUCGAGUUCUUCGUCACCAAACUUCAGAAGGCUGCCGAGGCGUUCACCGAGCUCUCCAAGAGGAAGAAGGUCAAGAAAGGAAAGAAGAAAGGUCCAGGAGAGGGCGUCCUGACUCUGCGCUCUAAACCUCCCGGUGAGGACGAGUUCGUCGACUGUCUGCAGAAGUUCAAACACGCCUUCAACCAGCUGGGGAAACUGAAGGAUCACAUCGAGAACCCGAGUGCUGAGGAUCUGCUUCACUUCCUCUUCUCUCCUCUCAGGAUGGUGAUCCAGGCGUCGGGCAGCGUGGAUCUGGCUCGCAGCAUCUUGGUUCCUCUGCUGACCAGAGAGGCCAUCGACUUCCUGCACGCCUCAGGAACAGCAGAGGAGAGACACGUGUGGGUCACCCUGGGAGACGGCUGGACCAAAUGCAGGUUGGAGUGGCCAAAGGACCACUACUUCCCGCCCUGCAUGCUGAUGUUCCGGGACGGCUGGGAGCCGCCGGCGUUCCCGGCAGCGGCGCCAUCCAGAGAACAGGAGCUGACUCAGCUGGCUGAGAGUCUCGCCAACGCUGAGAUCCACAGACAAGACGAGCUGAGGACCAGACUGGAGCAGUCGGUGGUGCAGAAGUUCCCUCCUGCAGACGGGUACGCCUUCUCCAACUCCUCCUACAAACGCAUGCAGAUCCUGGAUCAGGACUCGGCCAUGGCUGCUUUUAAACAGGCCGUCAGCCACCACGUAGACCGAAGUUUUGAUGAUGACAGCAGAGUCCAACCAACACUGUUUGCCAAAUCUAAAUAUGACUUUGUGGCGAGAAACAACACGGAGCUGUCCGUCCUCAAAGACGAGGUCGUCGAGGUUCUGGACGACAGGAAGCAGUGGUGGAAGGUUCGUAACGGCGGCAGGGCGUCCGGCUACGUGCCAAACAACAUCCUGGAGAUCACCAAAGCCGUGGACAUCACAGGCCGAGGAGAGCCCAUCUACAGCCACACCAUACAGCUUAUGAUGCCAAAGAAGGAGUUUGAGUUGUUCAAGCAAUUACUGGGAGAGUUGAACGAGAAACAGACCCCCAGGACCGACUUCAUCCCCAGUAAACCGGUAGUGACUCCGAUGCCUCCGGCUCCCACGCCGCCUCCUCCGGCCCCCGCCAGGCUCCCCACGCCGCCGCUGCCUCCUCCGAUCGCCAGCAGCAGCAGCGCUUUCAGCCGCAAGAACAGCACCACGUCCAGCGACAACGGCAGCGUCGCCAUGAGGGAAAACAACCAGAAACCUCCACCCGUCCACCGCAGGAAAUCCAACAUGGAGGAAGUCCAGGACGAGCUGAUGCACAGACUGACUUUAGGUCGCAGCGCUCAGAAGAAGUUUCAGGGUUGUACUCGCGGCGGCAGCGAACCGCCGUCCAACAGCAUCAGCUACGACUCGUCACCUGACCACGUCAGAGCCUGGUUAGAGGCCAAAGGCUUCAGUCCAGUCACCAUCACCAGCCUCGGCGUCCUGACCGGAGCUCAGCUCUUCUCUCUCAACAAGGAGGAGCUGAAGACGGUUUGUCCCGACGACGGAGCGCGAGUCUUCAGCCAGGUCACCGUCCAGAAGGCGGCGCUUGAGAGGGGUUCAGGCUCUGAGCUCCAGGAGAUCAUGAGGAGGCGACAGGAGAAACUGGCAGCCAACACCUGUGAUUCAGGGGUGGAGUCUUUUGAUGAAGGCAGCACCCACUGAGCUCCACAUGGCUUCCUUCCUCUCUUCCUCCCUUCCUUUCCUUCCUUCCUUCCUUCCUGCUUUUACUUUCAUUUCUAUUUUUCUUUCAAACUGCAGCCUGCUGUUUUCUCCCACUCUUGAUCCUCAGGUGGCGUCCGACCACGCCAGGUUUGUGGAGAUCAUGCGUCGCAGGCAGGAACUCCUCAGCUCGCCUCCUUAGAGAAACACUUAAAACAAACCGAACCAGCCGACUGACGUUUGGACCGUCCGAUAUUUAAACCACAGAGAGAACAUUCUGCCAUGUUUGCCUGAAGUUCAUGUCGACACUUUCAGGAUUCUGGAGGAGUUUUGUUGGUGUUUUGUAAAAAGUGAAGAAAAGCUGCUCAGUAGCUCAUUUUCCAAAGCGAAACCUCUCAGUAUUAAUGUCUAGAGAACGGCUGGUAGUUCGUUAGCUUCAGAUUGUGCCUCUCGCGUAUCGUUACAGUAGAGUCACAGAGAUGAGCUGCAUUUUUCUGAUAGACAAAACCCCGACAACAACAUUUCUAGAAUCUUCUAACCAUGUGGGUAAAAAAGAUCAGUCCUAUGUACAAUGAAAAAAUAUUUUUCACCUGUUUCAGAAGUUGCAGAUAGUAGAUAAAUAUUCCUGGCUGCCAUAUGAAAAUAUAAAAUAAUGGACUAAAUAUACCUAAUAAUAAAACUUCAAAAGAAAAAUUCAUAAUAUUUUGUGCAAAUAAUAUAAUAUUUAUAACUUGUGUGCAAGAUAUUAUAGAUAGCAUCUUACUUGCAAGAUACUUUUUGUACAAGGUAUUGUACAUAGUAUUUUGUUUCCACAAUAUAAUACUUUUUUUUUUUUUACAAGAUAUUAUAGAUGGUACUUGUUCCCACAAGAUAAUACU